GGAGACGUUAACGGGAAUAACCGGAUUAUGAAGGUCUGAGGAUUAGGGUCCGUCGCCGUUCCGUGAUGGGGAUAGACCGGCGGCGGAGAGCGUCGCUGGCUCUCACCUUGAACCUGGCGGCCCUGCUGCUCGCCGUGUCUGCGCUCACCACCAGCCACUGGUGCGAGGGGACGCGCAAAGUGGUGAAGCCGCUGUGCACCGGCCCGGUGAGCGCCAAACCGGCGUUCUGCAUCCUGUUCAACAGCUCCGCCGUCAACGACUCGCGGCUCGUGCACUACAUCUGGGAGACCGGAGAGGACAAAUACGUGAUGAGGAAGUUUCACACCGGAAUCUGGUUCUCCUGCGAGCAGAACCUCAACAUGUCCGGUGAAUUGUGCAGAAAUUUCCUGUACGUCGCACCCGCCAACGAAAGAGGAGUGCUCUGGUUGUGCAUUGUUGCAGAGUGCCUGUACAUUCUCCUCCUGGCCACCGGAGGCAUCCUAAUGUCACUAGAGGUGUGUCACAUUGGCAACGUUAUCAACGGCCUCAAGCUCAAUGCCUUUGCCGCCAUCUUCACUGUGCUCUCAGGUCUGCUGGGUAUGGUGGCCCACAUGAUGUUCACCACAGCCUUCCAGCUGACCGUCAGUCUGGGCCCUGAGGACUGGAAGCCCCACACGUGGGACUACAGCUGGUCAUACAUUUUGGCAUGGAGUUCCUUCACAGCCUGCAUGGCGUCUUCGGUCACCACCAUCAACCGCUACACCAAAACCAUCCUGGAGUUCAAACACAAGCGCAGAACCAUUGAGAAGAACCUGAAGAUCAAGCAGAAGCUGCUGGAGCUGGACUCUCCAGAGCAGGUGUGGGACAUGUACAUCAGCUCGGUGCCGAGCACCGCAGAGGAGCUGCUGGACCUGUCAUCCAACGGGCGCAAACUCUCCAACGCCUCCAUUUUCCUGGACCUCAAUGACCUGUCCGACCCACACAGCGAGGAAUACUGCUAAAGGAGCAGCACGUGAAGGAAAAUUCUGGUUUAUUCCAGUUUCAUUUACAUACAUUUAGCCGUUAUUUGGUCACACAAGACUGUGACAUCACCGCGAGGUAAAUAGUGGUGAAACUGAUCCUCAAGAAGAGCCACAUGAUGUCACUGUGUACGUUCAAAAGAAGAAUUCCUCACUGUGGAACUACGGUAAGCACACUGGGUCAAAGUUGACCAAGUGAUGGCUUUUUCUCUUUUGCCCAAUCACAUUCCGACCUGGACGUUACAAUGGCUGCGUCUCCAUUCAGAGGCUGCAUCCUUCAAAGGCUACA